GGACGCCGGCUAUCACAGCGAGUAGCGUGGAGCAGCGGGAGGAUGUAGGCGACGUCUGCUGACAUCUGCACGCCAGCGGUUUCUUUCUCUCGGAGAGCCGAGGACGACAAACAACAACCGCGACGGCCUUGAAAGGACGCCCGGACUCAUGUGACUGGUGGCCGAGGAUUUCCUCUCCCCCGAGCUGGCUGCCAUGAGGGGCCGCUGCUCGCACAAACUGGGUGUGCUGGCCAAGGCGUUCUUCCUGGUGUGGCUGUUGUGGCUGGGGUAUCUCCUCCUUGUCCUCUCCCCCUCCUCCUCGUCAUCCUCCGGCGACACGCUGGAGCUGGAGCGUCGGAAACUCGACGUGGUCGAGCCGGACGUGGGGAACCUGGCCAAGCCCCUUUACGCCAAGCCGGCGGCGGACGGCAACGCGCCGGGGGAGUGGGGCCGCUCGGCGGGCCUCAAACUGAGCCCGGAGGAGAAGGCACAGGCGGAGGACAGCGUGGAGCGCUACGCCAUCAAUAUUUUUGUCAGCGACAAGAUUUCCCUCCACAGACAUAUCAAAGACAACAGGAUGCCCGAAUGCCGCAGUAAGCAGUUUGACUACCGCCGUUUGCCCACCACCUCUGUCAUCAUCGCCUUCUACAACGAGGCCUGGUCCACACUGCUCAGGACCGUCCACAGCGUUCUGGAGAGCACGCCCGACAUCCUGCUCAAGGAGGUGAUCCUCAUCGAUGACUACAGUGACAGAGGCUACCUAAAAACCCAGCUGGCCAAAUACCUCAGUAAACUGCAGCGCGUUCGUCUCAUCCGCACCAUCAAACGCGAGGGCCUCGUCCGGGCCCGUCUCAUCGGCGCCAGCUACUCCACCGGCGACGUGCUCACUUUCCUGGAUUGCCACUGCGAGUGCGUACCCGGUUGGAUCGAGCCCCUGCUGGAGAGGAUCGAGCAGAACCCCCACACCAUCGUGUGCCCCGUCAUCGAUACCAUCGACUGGAACACCUUUGAGUUCUACAUGCAGCCGGAGGAGCCCAUGAUCGGGGGCUUUGACUGGAGGCUCACUUUCCAGUGGCACGCCGUGCCCGAGCGGGAACGCCAGCGCCGCAAGUCGCACAUCGAACCUCUGAGGUCCCCGACGAUGGCGGGCGGCUUGUUUGCGGUCAGCAAGGCCUACUUUGAGCAACUGGGCACCUACGACACGGGCAUGGAAGUGUGGGGCGGAGAGAACCUGGAGCUCUCCUUUCGGGUGUGGCAGUGCGGCGGCAGCCUGGAGAUCCACCCCUGCUCUCACGUGGGCCACGUGUUCCCCAAGAAGGCUCCGUACGCUCGGCCUAACUUCCUGCAGAACACGGUGCGGGCCGCCGAGGUCUGGAUGGACGACUACAAGCAGCACUUCUACAAAAGGAACCCGCCCGCAAAAAAGGAGAACUACGGCGACAUUUCAGAGCGCCUUCAGCUCCGAGAGCGGCUGCAGUGCAAGUCUUUCCAAUGGUACCUGACCAAUAUUUACCCGGACCUGCACGUACCCGAAGACAGGGAGGGCUGGCACGGAGCUGUGCGCAGCUCGGGAAUCCGCUCGGAAUGUCUGGACUACAACGCCCCGGAUCACAAUCCCACCGACUCGUACCUCUCGCUGUUCGGCUGUCACGGUCAAGGAGGCAACCAGUACUUUGAGUACACAUCCCGGAAGGAAAUACGAUUCAACUCUGUGACGGAGCUGUGCGCCGAAGUGCCCGAGGGCCAGACGGCCAUCGGCAUGAGGCAGUGCCCCGGCGACCGCGACGCCACGCCGGCGUCAGUCACUUGGGACUUUCGAGACGACAAAAGCAUCUACCAUCCCCAGUCGAACAAGUGCAUCGCGGCCUACCGCACCCCCGAGGGCCGCGCCGAUGUCCAGAUGAGGCCCUGUGACCCACUUGAUCAAAACCAGCACUGGAAGUUUGAGUGGUAGACGCCGGAGGGUAAAGCAGCUUCUCUCUCUCUCUCUCUCUCUCUCUCUCUCUCAACUAUCGAGGGAAAUAAGAGGAUUCCCUCUCGUUUAGUGAUGUUGUUUUUUUUCUGCCCCCGUGUGCUGCAGCAAUGGAAAAUGCUGACAUUCAGCCGCUGCGUAGCAUAGAAGUGCCUCUGGAAAACUGACAAGCUCACAAAGUGCUCGCCUGCACUACUCCAAACCAGCAGAGGGGGCCACCUGAGGCAAAACAAACAAAAAAAAACAUUACUUCCAGUGUUGCCACUGAGAAAACGUUUUGUCAGUCCGUCCAUACAUCCAUUUUCUGAUCCGCUUUUCCUCACAAACUGGAGCCUAUACUAGCUGUCUUCAGGCAGUUGGCAGGGGACACUGAACUGGUUGCCGGCCAAUCGCAGGGCACACAUGGACGAACAGCCAUUCGUGGUCACACAAACAUCUCGGCACAAUUUAGUGUUCCAUUAACCUGCCAUACAUGUUUUUGGAAUGCGGGGGGAAACCGGAGUACCCGGAGAAAACCCACGC